AUGGGUGCCUGUCCACUCACGUACGAAUCGUCUCUACUAUGCGUGCUGCAGGCCACCAAGCCUAUGGCUUGGAGCACACGAUACCUGCGAUAUUCAACACAGAACGUAGACGGUGAGGAAUCAAUCAAGAAGCCCGGAAGCGUGGUGGUUCCCACAGACAAAAGGAAAAAUCAAAAGAAGAAGAAGAAGAAGAAGAAGAAGAAGAAGAAGAAGAAGAAGAAGAAGAAGAAGAAGAAGAAGAAGAAGAAGAAGAAGAAGAAGAAGAAGAAAGAACAGGAAAGCAGGACGUAUUUCCAACAACACUUCCAAGCCGAUGGAAUUUGCCCUACCCCAGAAUGGCAUACAAGGUAAGUAGCGAAGGAUGGAUUAUCCAGCA